GCGCUGCCUCGCCCCGGCUGACCAAUGGCGUUGAGAGUCGUGGUGUUACGGCUCAGGAAUGCAUUUCGUCAGUCACCGCUAGCUUUCGUUUCGCAUCAGCUGGAGCUUUUGGCGGCUGACCGAGCUAUCCUCCGGGCUGUUUUGUCAUCUCUUUUACAGGAAAAGAGGGUCAAAACCACCGAAAUGGCUCCAGCUCAGUCGGUGUUUCUGUUAGCCGUGCACGUCCUGCUCAUCUCCGAGUUCAUUCUGGCUAAGAGGGACUACUAUGAGAUUCUGGGGGUCCCCAAAGAUGCCACCGAGCGCCAGAUCAAAAAAGCUUUCCACAAACUGGCUCUGAAGUACCACCCCGACCGGAACAAGGGCCCAGAUGCGGAGGCAAAGUUCCGGGAAAUAGCUGAGGCGUACGAGACGCUUUCGGAUGACAAGAGGAGACGAGAGUACGACCAGUUCGGCCACAGCUCGUCCUCGACGGACGGCCCCGGAGGAGAAAGGAGCGGCAGCUACAACUUCAAGCAGCACUACCAAUCCUUCAACUUCGACGACAUCUUCAAAGACUUCGACACGUUCGGCCAGCAGCGACAUCAACACCACUUCCACUCCCACAACCAGGCGCACCAAAAGAGACACUUCGACGGCCACUUCCAGUCCCACCGAGAGGCCAUGAACAAGCAGCGCCGCGUGUUCCAGCACUCCGGAUUCGGACUUUUCGACGACAUGUUCGAGGACUUGGAGAAGAUGUUCUCCUUUAACGGGCACGCCUCCAGGACUGAGAGCAGGUUUCAGGGCUCGGCCAAGCAGCACUGCAGGACGGUGACUCAGCGCAGGGGGAACAUGGUGACCACCUUCACCGACUGCUCCUGAGAGGACGACUCAGCGCUUUUUUUUUGUUUGUUUGUUUUCAGCAAAACUGAAUGCUAAUUUAUCACUUUGUGGACAAUAACGGGGUAGGACCCACCCAACCUGCAAACCAAAUGAAGCAAGUUUUACAAAUAGACAUUUUGGAAAUUAUUUUGCCUUUUUUUUUGAAAAACAACAACUUUACGGCAAUAACCCAGACGAUUGUUGCUUGAGCAUAAAAAUGAGAUCAUUUAGGUCAUUUUGAUCACUUUGGGUUUUUCGUGAUGGUAUAAUCCAAUAGAAUUGGCUCAUUUGAUGUUAGUGAAGCCAUGAGUCCUCCUUUAGUUCUGCUAUUAUCACCUGCAAUUUUUUUUUUCGUUGCCAAUUUAUAAAAAAACACAUUGUUUUAGUUUUUCACUGUUACCUCAUUCUUUGAAUUCUCCAGAGCUUCGGGGUAGGAAGUCGAUCAGUUCAAUGACACACACUGAGGUGUUUUGUGAUUGUCAGACAGGAAAAAAUCAUUUGCCAGUGAAGCUAAACGGUCUGAAAAGUUUCCAAACUGAUCAAAUUGUGCAAUACGCAGCAGCACCUUUUGCUGUUCAUGUUGCCUGUCAUUCAAAAGGCAAUGCUGCCAUUGUCUAAUGUCUGCACUUUAUGUAUGUGUGCGCGCGUGUGUGUGUUAAUAAACUGCAUCAUGUUUUGAGUGAUCAAAAAAAAA